AUGCGCCGUCAGUCCACCAGCUCCGACGGCGCCUCCGUCAUCUCCUACGAGACGACGUCCUCUCUCGUCAAGGACGAACCCGCCGCCCUCGAUGCCGAGUUCGCGGACAACAAGGACAAGAAGCGCGACGGCAUCCGGAAAAAGGCCCGCCGCGUGCUCGCCGACAUGGGCGCGCCACCGACCGCCCGCCAGGACGCCAAGGACGGCAAGCGCACGCUCAACUACGCGGACCCGGGCGGCCUCAUCGGCGACACCAUGUCGAAGCCGGUCAAGUUUUAA